UGCGCUCCUCACUAGAGGCCACCACUCGGCCACGCCACCCCUCUUUGGCAGGAGAAAGCAGCUGAGGAAAAUCGAAGCAAAACCCAAUUUCUGUACGGAAUUGGAAGCAAUUCCAGGGCCCCCAAGUGAAAGAGAAGUCAACGGUUUUCCAAUUACUCUCUUCCUGCAACUAGGCUGUUGAUUGGAAGCAAUUUGGGGGUUUAAAUUGCUUGUAAAAAUGUCUCAUUCGAAAGGGAGCCAGGGUAAUGGUUCUGAUAAGGCCGGGAAGCGAAGCCUUCCUUCGUGGAUUAGUUCAAGAGACAAUGAGAGUGAGUCUCCUGAAAAGAAAUUAACUGGGGCUGCUGAAGGUGAAGAAAGCAAUGAGGAAGGAAAGCCAGGGGUAGCCAGGGGACGCGGGGGUACGCCUUCUAAGGACAUCAAGAAAUCUUCUGCAUCCAGUUCCGGAACUGCAAACUUUUCCAAACUCAUGGAAGGAGUAGUGUUUGUGCUGUCUGGGUUUGUUAAUCCUGAGCGCAGCAAUUUGCGGUCACAGGCUUUGGAAAUGGGAGCGGAAUAUCAGCCUGACUGGAGUUCAGAUUGCACUCUCUUAGUUUGUGCAUUUCCAAACACCCCAAAGUUUCGACAAGUUGAGGCAGAUUGUGGAACUAUAGUUUCAAAGGAUUGGAUAUCAGAAUGUUACGCCCAGAAGAAGCUUGUCGAUAUUGAAAGUUACCUUAUGAAUGCUGGAAAACCCUGGCGUAAAAGCAGUGUUUCCCAUCAAAACAGCCAAGACAAAAAAGUAUCCCGACCUAGUAAAUCUAAGAAGCAAGAUGGAGAAACACCAUUGAAACCAACUGCCCCAGCAACUUCAAAGAUAAAAGCUUCUAAUACUGUUAAAGAGUGCUUUUCUCCUUCUAAAGUGAAGAAGUGGGCCGUUGAUGAUUUGAAUAAGACAAUAUCGUGGCUGGAGAGUCAAGAAGAAAAGCCAGAGCCAGAUGAGAUAAAGCAAAUAGCAGCUGAAGGGAUUUUAACUUGUUUACAAGAUGCAAUAGAAUUUCUUGAACAAAAACAGGAUGUCCGGAAAAUAACUGAGCAGUGGAAUUUCAUCCCUCGUGUAGUCGAAGAGUUGGCAAAGCUCGAGGGCAUCGGAAAUAACUCUGCGGCAGUAUCCAAGGAAGAUCUCUGCAAACAGGCUGUGGACUGUAAACAAAUUUACGAGGCGGAACUUAAUGGUUUUGGUGAUGAGUCCUCAAAGAAAAAACCAAAGGUGGAAAGACAAGAGAGGGACACUGGGAAAACUGAAGGUAUAUGCAGUGGUGCAGCAGGAUACGACAGUGAUGAUACAAUUGAGAUGACAGAGGAGGAAAUAGACCAUGCAUAUAAUAAUGUAGCUUCUAAGAUCGCUAAUGCUGUUUAAACCAUCUCUGAUGUAGAUGAAUAACUGUAAAGUUUUCGCAAAUUUUUCUUAAGGGAUGGAUCUUUGCUUACGCGUGCAUAAAAUGCGUUGAAGAAAUUUGUAUUAUAUUGUGUGGUUGAAGCACAAAACCGUUAACUUAGGUUGUGUUUGGAAAUGCUUUUAAAUGAUUGAAAUCGUUUUUAAUGAAA